CCGAUUCCCGACAGGCUCCACGCGGGGGCCAUUCUGGGCUCCUUAGCCGUGGCCGCCGCUGUCGCUGCUGUCGCCACCGCCGUUGCUGGGGGUUCGGUGAGACGGUAGCCUGUCGCGGACCCCGUAGGGUCCGUGUCAGUCGCUGUUUUUGCCUGAGGGGUCCUCCUUCCUCCGCCGCACCCUGACUCCCGUGGUGUCGACGGGGAGUCCCUGCGGACACCUCGGCACGCGGUGGAGAUGCCUCUCUUUGCCACGAAUCCCUUCGAUCAGGAUGUCGAGAAAGCAACUAGUGAGAUGAAUACUGCUGAAGAUUGGGGUCUCAUUUUGGAUAUUUGUGAUAAAGUCGGUCAGUCUCGCACUGGACCUAAAGAUUGUCUUCGGUCUAUUAUGAGGAGGGUGAACCAUAAAGAUCCUCAUGUUGCUAUGCAAGCUCUGACUCUUCUAGGAGCAUGUGUAUCAAACUGUGGCAAAAUUUUUCACUUAGAAGUAUGUUCAAGAGAUUUUGCUAGUGAAGUAAGCAACGUAUUAAACAAGGGUCAUCCUAAAGUGUGUGAAAAAUUAAAGGCCCUUAUGGUUGAAUGGACAGAUGAAUUUAAGAAUGACCCACAGCUCAGUCUAAUAUCGGCAAUGAUUAAGAACCUUAAAGAACAAGGAGUUACGUUUCCAGCUAUUGGCUCUCAGGUAGCUGCAGAACAAGCAAAAGCAAGCCCAGCUCUGGUAGCCAAGGAUCCUGGUACUGUGACUAACAAAAAAGAAGAAGAAGAUUUAGCCAAAGCCAUUGAGCUGUCCCUGAAGGAACAAAAACAGCAGUCCACCACCCUUUCCACGUUGUAUCCAAGUACAUCCAACCUCUUAACUAACCACCAACACGAAGGCCGAAAAGUUCGUGCUAUAUAUGACUUUGAAGCUGCUGAAGAUAAUGAACUUACUUUUAAAGCUGGAGAAAUUAUUACUGUUCUUGAUGACAGUGAUCCCAACUGGUGGAAAGGUGAAACCCAUCAAGGCAUGGGGUUAUUUCCCUCUAAUUUUGUAACUGCAGAUCUCACUGCUGAACCAGAAAUGAUAAAAACGGAGAAGAAGACGGUACAAUUUAGUGAUGAUGUUCAGGUAGAAACAAUAGAGCCAGAGCCGGAAGAACAAGCCUUUAUUGAUGAAGACAAAAUGGACCAGUUGCUACAGAUGUUGCAAAGUACAGAUCCCAGUGAUGAUCAGCCAGAUCUUCCGGAGUUACUUCAUCUUGAAGCAAUGUGUCACCAGAUGGGACCUCUUAUUGAUGAAAAACUGGAAGAUAUUGAUAGAAAACAUUCAGAACUCUCAGAACUUAAUGUUAAAGUGAUGGAGGCACUUUCAUUGUAUACUAAACUAAUGAAUGAAGAUCCAAUGUAUUCCAUGUAUGCAAAAUUACAGAAUCAGCAGUAUUAUAUGCAGUCAUCUGGUGUUUCUGCCUCUCAGGUAUAUCCAGGGCCUCAAAGUGGUACUUACCUGCUUGCAGGGAAUGCCCAGAUGAGCCAUCUCCAGAGCUAUAGUCUUCCUCCAGAGCAAUUGUCUUCCCUCAGCCAAGGAGCAGUUCAACCCUCUGCAAACCCUGCCCUUCCUGCUCAGCAGACUCAGGCUUCUUACCCUAGCUCAAUGGUCAGUUCUGUUCAAGGAAAUACAUAUCCCAGCCAGGCGUCAGUAUAUAGUCCUCCUCCUGCUGCUGCUACUGCUGAUGUCACUAUAUACCAGAAUGCAGGAACUAAUAUGUCCCAUGUGCCAAACUAUAGUUUAACAUCAUCAGCACUGCCUCAACCAGGAGGCAGUCAACAGCCACCUCAGCCACAGCAACCAUAUUCUCAGAAGGCUCUGCUAUAGGAUUUGGGAUUCCUCUUUGAUCUGCUAAAUGCCGCUGACAAUGUUAGAGAUUCUUUUGAUAUCUUAAGGUUUGUUUAUCCUCAGCUUAUAGGAAUCUGUCGUGGUCAACAAGUUCAAAUAUUCAAGAUUAUGUUGUCAAGAAGGUAGAACUCUCUUCAGUUUGCAUUGACUUUUCAGAGGUUCUCUCCCCCCCCCCCCCCCCCCCCCAGAGGAAUGAAACUACUUACAACAUUUAAUUCUUUUCAUCAUAUGAAAGAAUUGAUAUAAGAUUAUUUGUCUCAUAAAAUUACCUGGUCUGCAAGAAGUCAAACUUAACAAAAAUUGUUGUGGCAAAUAUUAUGUACAUAUAUUGCUGUGUAACUUCAUUAGUGGCCAUUUUUGAAUCACAAUGGUGAUCAUGUGAAUAUAUUUAACACUGUUAAAUUAAUUUACAUUGCUAUUUUAUUUUAAUCAUGAACAACUACCAUGUUUCAUAAUGUUUUGUGUAAAUUUAAGGUAAUUACACUAUCCUUUUAAAGUGUAAGAGAACAAAGCUGUAGCAUAUUUACAUGAAAGUAUUAUAUUAGUGUUUUGUUUUACAUUAAACUGAACUUUCUUUUACUGAUUGUGAAUUAAACAUAUGUACAUUAUGUCUUUCUGUAGCCUCUGCAUACUACUAGCUGUCAUCACACCAGCAUACAGUAGCUAAAUUUUUGGUGCAGUUAUAACAAAUAAUGUUCCCUUGGAAACUUUUACAUUUUGGCAUGAUAUUUCAGAAUAUUGUGGGACCAUGACACAAAAUUAAGUUAGGAUCAUGUUCUUUAUAUCUUAUUUUUAAAGAAAUAAUGUUGAUUUACUUUUUCCUAGUUGAAGGUAGUAAUUAGGUUUAUAAACUGUAUACUGUGUUUAUUGGUGGCAGUGACACCAAAGAUAGAGGCAGUGGAUAGAAAUUUGUAAACUGGAAAGAAACCAUAAAUAACACUACAUUCUCAAAGUCUCUUGUAAUUAUUUAGUAUAUUAAAAAAUUGAUUCAUUUGCCUUAUCUCACUACUAGUCUUUUAAAUAUGUCUUUAACGCAUUGUAUCCCUUAAUUCUUCAUUAAAAUGGAUAUUAGCAGAUGUUUCAAAGUAAUCAAUAUUCCUGACUUUGCUUAACAGUUUGCAUGUUUAUUCUUAUCUUUCAAACUGGGUUAUGGGUUUGUUCUCUUGGCUUCCUAUUCAGGAGUUUUUCAAUGAACAUUUUUUUUUUUUUAAAUCUACAUGAAAUAUGUUUACAACUGACAUUUUAAUCUUCUCAAAUAGUUACAGUUUUCUUGGUUGUGCUAUACUAUUAUUUAACACUGUUAUUUAAACAACUGAAAAAUUGAGCUCAGCAUCAUAUUAAAUGAGUUGAUUUAACAAAUUUCAUACCAUAAGUGAAAAUUUAAUUUGUAUUUUCUAAGACUAUUAUAAUCAGAUAACUUGUUUCUUUCCCUUUGGACAAAUGAUUCCAUCUUUGGCAAGAAAACUUAAUGGUGAUCUAAUUAUAGUUUCAAAUUUAAAGCACUGUCUUCAACGUAAGUGUUUUACCUGGUGUUGUGUUUUCUUGACUUUAGAAUAUGUUGCCCUCAAAUAGAAAUUUUAAAAUUUGAAUUCAACCUUUAGAUUAAAAAAAUUAUUAUAUUGUUUUUUGAUCGGCAUUGUCAAAUCAUAAUCUUUAUUUCAUUUUGAAUAUUCUAGUUUAACUGAUAUACUUUCCCCUAUCACACUAUAUUUUUCUCUGUCUUUUGAUAAAUUUCUGUUUACCAAUGGCAAAUGUAUCAUUUCCCCAUUUUGUUUUGAUAUUCUUCACGCUGUAAGAUCAAUUACAUAUUCUCUUAUUUGCUUUUUGCCCUGUAAAAGUCAAAAGAAUGGUAAAAUGAAAAAAAAGACCCUUAUUACAAUGCAUACCUAUUAUAUUAGUGUGCUUAUAAAGGUUUUAAUGAUGAAUACUUAAAACUGACACAUCAGUUUGUGCUUUUAAUAUCAGAUGGAAAAAUUCCAAUGACAAGGAACCACUGGGUUUUCUUUUUGAUGACAUGGCAAGGGCAGAAAUAGGAAAGGACCAGUUAGCACAGUGAUUUGUUCUGAAACUAGUGUACGAGCUGUACUUAAAAAUAUAUUUCUUUAAAAUAUGACAGUCUUUUUUUUUAAGGAAUGCAAUUAUUUAUAAAAUGAACUAAUUAAAAUGUGAAUUUCUGUGAA